UGUAUCUACCGCAACGUUGGGCCUAGUCAGGCCUAACCCUCCCGAGAACGUAGAAUCCAUCCCCAGUCUUCCCUGAUUUGCUUACCCAAAGCCACUCAGAUACAUGCAACAACCCAGAUCCCUUGAAAGACAGAAGGGUUGAGUGGAAAAGGGAAGGUCAUCUGCUCAGCCUUGGACUUUAUAGGGAUGCUGUUUGUGACUUCAGGGUGCUAGAAGCCCAGCGGAGGAGAGGGGGAAGUCCAUCUGCUUCCCACCCAGUGCUGCCUGGGACUUGAUGCGUUGGAAGCACGUGAUCCGCCUCCUGCUACCCCAGCAGUGGACCUGACUUCGGAUGCGGCUGGCUCUCAGAGCGUUCAGGACUCUGCAGGAGGUGACGCACGUUCAUGGGACAAGCAGGGGCCUGGUGAGUUUCUGCACAACACCUGGCCUUGGGGUAUCUCCCCCUGGGCUCCGCCUUUUAACACAUACGGAUGGCACCCGGCCUCCUUUGGCUCCACACCCCCAUAUGGGGCGUGUUCUCAGGUUUGGCAGGGGGUGGCUUCACCCGCACCCACAGCACCGCCCGCAGUUCCUAGUCUCAUGGGUGAUGCAUCGGUAGCACAGGUUCCAUACCUGCCAUGUGACACCUCUCUGCCUCUGGGUGACCAUUUGUUGCCCACGGUCAAGGAGCGCAUCUGGCAUGGUGAGUUUGUGGACAUAUUUCAAUUGCUCUUCAGGGAGCCCGAACCCGUCCUAAAGGAAGGGGAACAAAAAAGAGAGGAAGUGAAAUCAAAGUGGAAGCCAGUAGAACAUAAUUGGGCCAAUUGGCUGUCUGGCUAUACUGUCUACAUGGGUGUUAUGCUCCAGGUCCACACCUCGAAAGGCCCAGCUUUAGUGAAGUACCUGGAUAUAAUACAUAGGGGUUACAUGGAUUUCAUGGGCAACGCUUGGGAGUGCUAUGACCGCUCUUUUCGGCUUCGAGCAUCCCUGAACCCGGCUAUUCCGUGGGACAGGCAACACCAGGAGCUCUGGCUUCUCAUUAUGACGCCCUCCAGGCCCAUUCAAGGUGAACGCGCAGACAGCAGCCACUUAAUUUCUAGGACUCCCACAGCGCAGUCUUCUGGGUCUGUCGCUGCGCAGGGUGUUCAAAGUCCCCUGCCAUGCUGGGCCUUCAAUACCAGUAGGAGCUGCAACAGGUCUCCUUGCAGAUUCAAGCACGAGUGCGGAUUCUGUGGUGGAAAGCAUGCCAGCAUUCACUGCCAGUGCGUUAGGGGCCCCCGGGGGGGAGCACGCGAGCCACCUGCAGGCGGCAGGAAGAGUGGUGGCCCCAUGCAAGGUGCCACUCCUGGAAAAGGGCCCCAGCCCAAUUAGGAUCAGGGUCUUAGAGCAUUUUCUGCGGGAAUACCCACUGAAGGCGCAGGCACGCUAUUUGAGGGAAGGCUUUCAGUAUGGUUUCCGCAUUCCUUACAUGGGUCCGAGAAUACACAGUAUGGCCCCAAACCUUAGGUCCGUGGUUGGGAUGGAGGAGGUGGUUCUUCGCAAGAUUAAUAAAGAAAUAGCCUUGGGACGAGUUCUCGGCCCGUUCCGUGAGCUGCCCUUGCCGGAUUUGCGCAUUUCCCCUUUGGGGGUGGUGCCCAAAAAGGCACCGGGCGAAUAUCGCCUUAUUCACCACCUCUCCUUCCCCCAUGGUUCAUCUGUUAAUGACAGGAUCCCGGAUGGGCUUUGUUCCAUGAAGUACACUUCAUUUGAUCAAGCGGUCAAGGUAGUUCGAUCUUGUGGACAGGGCGCCCUUCUGGCGAAAUGCGAUAUUGAAUCUGCAUUUCGCCUCCUUCCGGUUCACCCGGCAGAUUUCAGCCUCCUAGGGUUUGCGUUUCAGGGUUGCUUUUACAUUGAUCGAGCCCUGCCCAUGGGCUGCUCGAUUUCUUGUGCGGCCUUUGAGGCAUUCAGCUCCAUGCUUGAAUGGGCUCUUCGGCGGGUGGCUGGCCUCGGGUCCACGGCCCAUUCCCUUGAUGAUUUUCUCCUGGUUGGCCGGCCUGGAACCGAGCAAUGUAGUCAUCUUCUGGCUGUUUUUCAGAAGCUGUGUGCUGACCUGGGCGUACCACUGGCUCAGGAGAAGACGGAAGGUCCGUCACCCAUCCUUACCUUUUUGGGUAUUGAACUGGACACCAUUGCUGGCUGUUCCAGGCUCCCGUGGGCGAAAAUUGACAUUUUGAGGACCUUGCUGGUGUCCUGCAUACAGGCGCGCAAGGUUACCCUUAGGCAACUCCAACAGCUUAUUGGGCAUUUAAAUUUCGCAUGCAGGGUGGUGGUGCCCGGUCGUCCUUUUCUACGAUGGCUUUGUGACGCCAUUAAGGGCGUUAGGUGUAGCCACCAUAGGGUCAGGGUCACGGCUCCUAUGCAAGCUGACAUGCAGCUGUGGGCCACCUUCUUGGAGUCUUACAAUGGGGCGUCCUUCUGGCAGGAUACCCUCCUUUUGGAAGCUGAGCUUCAGGUCCAGUCAGAUGCAGCAGGUGGCUUGGGCUUUGGUGUCUAUUUUCGUGGCCGCUGGUGUGCUGAGAGAUGGCCCGCGGCCUGGGUAGCUAGUGUGGUCACCAAGGACCUUACCUUUUUGGAAUUCUUUCCUAUUGUGGUGGCCAUUCAUCUCUGGGCGGAUCUUUUUCGGGACAAGACAGUGCACUUCUGGUGCGACAACCAAGCCACUGUGCAGGUGAUCGAUAGGCAGACGUCCCGGUCCCCUAGGGUGAUGAUUCUAGUCAGGGCUUUUGUGCUGGCUUGCCUGCACAAUAAUAUACAGUUUCUAGCAUGCCAUGUGCCUGGCGUCCAGAAUAGCUUGGCGGAUGCGCUGUCUCGUUUCCAGGUGCAGCGCUUUCGCCAGCUGGCGCCAGAGGCGGAACAUCAGCCUGAGGCCAGAUGCCUUCAUGGCUAUGGAGCCUUGGCGCAUAGAAGUGCAGAGGGCCGUUUGGGCCUCUUUGGCCCCCAGCACGUGGGCAGCAUACACUAGGCAGUGCAGGGUCUUCCAGGAGUUUAGGACUCAGGUAGGCUUGGGCCAGGAUUGCCCCCCCCCCCCCCGCGGAGGACCUGAUGCAAUUCUUGGUCCACCUUAAGGAUAAGGGGUUGUCUCCGAAUGCUAUAGCAGGUUAUCUUGCAGCCUUGGCUUUUUCUUCAAAGUCCCAGGGCCUGGCUGACACCACAGGGGAUUUCAGGGUUCGGAGGAUGCUUGAGGGUUGGUCCCGGGAACGCCCGGCUAUGGCAGACAGCCAGAGGCCCCUUUUGCCCUCUGCUGUCCAGGGGGCGGUGGAGCAGUUUGCAGCGGUCUGCCGCUCUCCCUAUGAGGCUGCGCUAUUCCAUGCGGCCACACUAGUAUUGUUUUUUGGGGCCUUCCGAGCUGGCGAGUUGCUGCCUAGGGGAUGGAAUAGCCCUGCCUGCAAGGUUGUGCAAUUUGGUGACGUGCGCUAGUGCCCUGGCGACGGCCGCUGAUUGUUUUUCUCUUUACAGGCCCUGCGCGACGGGCGGCGAGGGCUCGAGUACUCGUCAUGGGCCAUUCCAUAGUUUUCUGGGCGCAUAGGGCAGCACGCAUGGCGCAGCCUGGAACGCAGCUAGGGCUCGGGCGGUGGGCGUCGAUCUCCUGGAUCGGUCAUUGUGGGAUGGUCAUCGCACAAUUUUUACCCAUGCUGCAAGAAUAUUUGGCGGCGAAUUCACCGCCUGACGUUUUGGUCCUACACUUAGGGGAAAACGACUUGCCGUCUCAGUCAGGGUUAUCCAUCAUCCAUAGUUUGCAAGCAGACAUUUUACAGGCCCUGGAGUGGUGCCCGGGAAUUGUCAUCUUAUGGUCUGCGAUGCUCCAGCGUAGGGUAUGGAGGGGCGCUAGGGACCCCUACAAAGUGGACAGGGCACGCAGGAAGGCUAAUGCCCAGAUGGCGCGUUUUGUGGCUGCCAUCGAGGGGGGGAACCAUAGACCAUCCAGACAUUCUCUUUUCGGUUCCCAGUUUGUUUAGAGGGGAUGGGGUUCACCUGUCACCUAGUGGGACUAGUUUGUUUUUGAGGGAUUUGGAGCAGGGAUUGGCCUUAUAUCUGCGUACCUGGUGGGGUGGCGAGGGUUAAGCUAGGCUAACCCACGCAGCGGCAGGUGCAGUGCGGUUGGAAAAAUAUUAUUAGGCUGGUGAACACCUUCGGGUAAGCGUUUGGCUAUGGGUAGGGAGGGGCAACUCCCUAGAGACUGCACGGCUCAGGGAUAUCUCCCCUUGGUCGACCUACUCUGGCAGGCUAACCCCCAAGGAAUCGCUGAACAGCUACCUUGGGGUGAGGCUAGCCAGGGGCCCGGCAUUAGGCCGGCUAGGAUAGGCAGCCCUAGAUGGAGAGCAUUUGGGGUUGCCUGGAGACAAGGUGUAUCGCCCUAUGCUAUAGGUUAGGCAUGCCCUGGUGGCGCAUGCCUAUAGUACCGCACUGCUGGUUGAGGCCAUCCCUGCUCUUUAAGUUCUGUUGAUUUUAAAUAAAUUGUGGCCCAAUUUUGCACCAA